AUGGCGGCGACGCUGGAGGCGCUUGCUGCCCGGGUUCAGGAACUGACCGAAGGCCUGCAAAGGGCCAACGUUGCCUACGAGCAGCAACAAAAGAGGGCAGCGGAGGCCGAAGCAAGACUUUUAGCAGCUGAGAAUGCCUUGCAAUCAACAGCAGCAACGACAGCAGCAGCAGCCACGGCUGGAACAAUGGGGACAACAACAACAGGGAGCGUUGAGAGAAAAGAGAAAGACCUCAUACACCCCUCUCACGUUCCGAAGCCUCACACUUUCAAUGGCAAGAAAGAAGAGUGGGAGAAAUUCAAGCAUGUGUUUGUAGCAUGGUCUAGCACUGUUCAUGAACGCUAUCCGGAACUUUUGGAACAGUAUGGAAAGAUGAAGGAGCCGGUGGAUGAUUCGAAGUUCACCUCAGAGGAGAGUCGGUUGGCCAAGGCUAUGUACACUUUCCUCAUACAGUACUGCCCGGAACCUACCAUGAACGUUAUAGGCCAGGGGUUGCAUGAUGCAAAUGGGUUCGAGGUUUGGAGAAGACUGGUUCUCCUGAGCGAGCCAGCUCACCGAACCAAGGCAUGGGUCUGGCGAAGGCACUUGUCGAACCCCAGUUUUCCCAGUGACAUCUCCCAGUGGAGCACGGCGCUCCAUCAGUGGGAAGCUGAGCUCCGGGAGUUCGAGCGUACCUACAAGGCCACUUUCUCCGAAGAUGAGAAGGUGUCGAUCUUGGCACAUGUUGCGCCGAAGGAGCUGCAGCAAAGCAUUUUCAUGCACAGUGAUGCGCUGGACAGUUAUGGCAAGAUUCGUGAGUACAUCGAGCAGUAUCUGAUCAACAGGAACCUUUGGAAAAGGCCCCAAGGUUCACAGUUUGGUUUGACCAAGGCAGCAAACAAGAACAUAGAUCAACCUGAUGAUGGAGGUUUGAGGCCAAUGGACAUUGGAGGUGUGAAAGGAAAGGACGGAAAAGGAAAAGGUGACAGGAAGGAAGGAAAAGGAAAGGACAGCUGGAACAACAACAACAAAGGCAAAGAAAACUGGAGCAACAAAGACAAGUGGAACGGAAAAGGUAACUGGGACAACAAGUCAGGAGACAAAGGAAAGGAAGGAAAGAAAGGAAAGGACGGAAAAGGGAAAGGAGCAAACAACAAAGGAGGAAAAGGAAAACCCAACAACGGAAAAGGAAAGAACAACAAUCCGCAUGCAGGCAAGCAGUGCCACAUAUGCCACAGGCACGGACACAUUGCCGCUGAUUGCUGGUGGAAGGUCGGAGCAGUCGACACCGAGGCUGCUACUGACACUGGUGGAACCGGUGGUUCGAGUGGAGCCAAGGACGGAGCGAACGGCAGCAGCACGGCAGUGGGGUCUGUGUUUGAGGGUGCACAACGCAUUGCUAAGUGGAGUGAUGAAGAUGUGAUUUUCACUGUCGGUGAUAGCACAGUUUCGGCGAUUGGGCCGGAGCAGCUAGGGUGCAGGCAUCUUCUUGUAGACUCCGGAGCGUGUGAAAGUGUUGCCAAGUUUGGUGAUUUCAAUGCGGACAUCGACAGCUCCAAAGCUAAGCCGUUGUUCAGUGUGCAGGGAACUCCUUUGAAGGUGUAUGGCAAGCAGUAUCCGCAGGUCAUGUUUGGUCGGACCAGUGGUUCGGUUGAGAUGACUGUGACAGAUGCCGCUGAAAGUCUCGUUUCAGUUCACAGCUUGGUAGCUAAGGGACACAAGGUAGUUUUCAGUCCAGGAGGGUGUUACCUAGAGACGAAGACGGGUGACACCGUACCACUUGAGCUUCAUGGCAAGAGGUGGUAUCUCAAGGUGAUGGACAAGACCGAAGGUCCAGGACCAGUUCGUGGGCGCAUAGCCCCAAUUGGCGAUGAAGUGGACCUUGGGCCUAAGGAGCCCGACAGGUGGAAGAAAGAGGUGAAAGAUGGGGUUGAGUACCUCAUUAGAGAGCACAACAAUCCGAGGAAGCGACUUUUCGCUCCAAAGGUCAAGGACCUUCCAGUGCCGUUGGAGAGGAUUGAGAGCGGAAGGCUCACGAAGAUGAUCUUCGAGGAAGACGGCUCGCAGAAAGAGGACCGCAGCAUGUGGGAAGACAAGCGGUAUGCUAUGAGAGAGAUGAAGCACUCAUGGCUUGGAGAGACCUGGUUCAGGCUAAAGCCUGAGAGGUCUGAUGAGCCAGCUGCUGAAGAAGAGCAGCUGAGUCACGAGGAUGAGUGA